AUGUCUCUGCAACAAGGCACGUCUUUACACCGCGUCUCAUCCAAAGACAUCCCCACUCUCGUCGACAUCCAUUACGAGGCCUUUGCGGACGAUGCUCUGAUGAAAUUCAUGUAUGGAUCUCACGGCGAUGCGGCAUCCGCCGUGAGCGAUUUGCGGGAGGCUCUCGAGGACCCAACAGCCAGGUUCACCAAGGCAGUUGACAAUGAAACAGGCGAUAUUGUCGGCUGGUCAUGGUGGAACGUCUACCUCGACGCCGAGACUCACCUAGAAGCGGCAAAGACUACUGAGGAGGAGCAGAAGGAAGCUCCCAAAACUGCGAUAAGCCCAGAGACAUUCCUGCAAUACCAUGCUGCCGUAAACGAUAGGAGGAGGAGAUGGAUUACCGGGAAGCCAGGGAUUCUCCAGGCGAUUGCAGUGCGUCCGAAAUCGCAGGGCAGAGGCGUAGGAACGGCCCUUGUCAGGGCCGGACUUGAAGAAGCCAAACGCAACGGGGUGUUGGCAUGGCUGGAGGCCUCGUCUGCUGGGCAUGGCUUGUAUGAGAAGUGCGGGUUUCGAGAUGUUGGAGAGGCCAUCGAAUCGGACUUGGGGGCGUAUGGGAAAGUGACGACGGUUUGCAUGAUGUAUGAGCCAUAA